AUGGGAGACGGUCAGCUUAAGGUUCUUAUCGCCGGCGCUGGCAUUGCCGGCUUGGCCACGGCCGUGGCUCUUAGGCAGCUUCCCAACGUUGACGUCGAGCUUUAUGAACGCUCUCUUGACUUGAAGGAAAUCGGCGCCAGCAUAGCUCUGAGUCCAAACGGUUUGCGAACGCUGGAGAGGCUGGGGGUGCACAAUGCGCUUGAAGAUGAAGUGGCUUUUCGAGGGCCUUCUGGGCUCCCGAUGAUAUACAGGCACUGGAGGACGAAUGAGAUUGUCAGUGUCGACCAUUUCCAAGAUGUUCCAGAACCUCGCCAUCAGACGGCCAGAUUCCAUCGGGCGCACCUUCAUCAAGCCUUACUCGAGCAUGUUCCGCGAGAACUCAUUCAUCUGGGCAGAAGGAUCAGCGGAGCCGACGUGAACGACCGCACCGUCACCUUGGUGUUCGAAGACGGCACGAAGGCGGUUGGGGACGUACUGAUAGGCGCUGACGGCAUCAACUCGAAGGUGCGAAAGGCCUUUAACCCCAGCUUCGAACUCAGCUACACGAACAGAACUGCUCUCCGAGCAACGUUUGAUGUAUCUCUGGUCGAGAAUAUCCCAGGCCUCCCUCUCGACUCGAUGCAUUGGUGGGGCCCUGACCGCAACUUCUUCGCAUCAAGGCUCGGCCGGAAUCAAUUUACCGUGGUCGGCAUGUACAAUCCCUCGAACCUUCCAGAGGGGUUUCAGGGCCACAAAGACAACGCCAUAAACACCUGGAACGACGAAGGCUCCGUCGAGCUCUUCAGAGAGCUGUAUAAAGACUGGAACCCUGUUGUAAAGGCCCUUGCGGAAGCGGCGCCGAGCGUGCGACGUUUCCCUAACUACGCGGGCCAGCACAUGCCUACCUGGGUCUUCGGCUCACGAGUAACGCUCGUAGGUGACGCGGCGCACGCCCACGGAGGCGCUCAUGCGACUGGUGGUUCGCUGGCACUUGAUGAUGCCUACGCCUUGUUCUUGGCGUUAAAACACACGAUACCGGACUGGCAGGCCUCCAAGCCAUCUACACAUCGACUCCAGGCGGCGUUAAAUCUAUACGAAGCUACUAGGCGGCCACAUACGGAUAAGCUGUUGGACAGCGUCCUCGCAAGUAGGAAUGUCAAGCCACCGCAGAACGACGAAGAAUUACGGCAGAGGAUGCUCAACCGAGCAAGCACUUUAUGGUUGAGUGAGCAUGAUGUGCAAGGAGCAUUCGCCAAUGUGGUCUCAGCGCAAGCAGAACGUCCGACCAGUCUUGUGGCUGAAAGCCGGCUAUAG